UGCUGUGCUCUAUGAAUCAAAAAUGUUAUUUGAGACAAAUCUACAAUUAAGUAAUUACGAUAAAUAAAAAUCCAAUUAGAAUUUAGGGCAAUUUUGCGAGUUUGCCACCCUGCGUCCCCCCCUGAAAUGACACUUGACAUUAUGGUAAACAAACCACCCUAACCCCACUUCGUACAAAAUGUAGCCCUUUUUAUCUUAAUUAAAUUAGUCAAUUAUGUCAGUUAUGUUGACCGUCAGAAAAUUAAAAAAGUUAUGGUUCGGCCUCAUCCUCACCUUCUUCGUGUAUUACUUCGGCGUCCUGACCCACAUCUUCGAGCUCGACUUCGACACCAGCUUCCGCUACCCCUACGACGGCGACAUUGAAGAAUUCGUGCACCAGCUACGAGCUAACUCAACCCCUAAAGUGCCCCCUAUAAACCCCUACAACUUCUACUUCUCCAAGCCCUGUAUCGAAAAGUGCAGGAACGUGGAGUCCCUGCGGCUGGUUUUCCUCGUAAAGUCCGCCCCCGAGAAUUGGGAGCGGCGCGUGGCGAUCCGCAGCAGCUGGGGCUUCGAGCACCGGUUUUCCGACGUGGAAAUCCGGACGGUUUUCCUACUCGGAGAACGCAGUGACCAAGAAUUGCAGCAAAGACUGGACAAAGAAGCGGGUAAAUUCAACGAUUUAGUACAAGCGAACUUCACCGAUAAUUACUAUAAUAACACGUUUAAAACCAUGAUGGGGUUCACGUGGGCGGUUAAAUACUGCGCUAAUUCGAGGUUUUAUAUUUUCGUCGACGAUGAUUAUUUUGUUUCAACGAAAAAUUUGUUGCGGUUUAUUCGACACCCCACUGCCUACCCGAGUUACCUGGAGCCCACGAACCAAAGGAAAUUGCAGCAGUUUGAUUUCGAUUUGGACGAGAACGUGCGUUUGUAUGCUGGGUUUGUGUUUAAGUCGGCGCCCCACAGACACAGGACUAGUAAAUGGUACGUGUCUUUGGACGAGUAUCCGUAUGACAUGUGGCCCCCGUAUGUCACGGCUGGGGCUUACGUGCUGUCGCGGGAGGCGUUGUUGGAUAUGUACUACGCGAGUUUGUAUACCAAGCAUUUUCGGUUCGAUGAUAUUUAUGUGGGGUUGUUGGCUUUUAAAUGUAAGAUUGAGCCUUUCCACUGUGAUGACUUUCAUUUUAAUAAGUUGGAGUAUAGUCCGGAGGGGUACAAGUAUGUGGUGGCGACCCAUGGGUAUAAGGACCAGAUGGAGCUGAUGAAUGUUUGGACGCAGCAGAGAAGCAAAGGCUAUGCUUAGUUUGUACUUACACGUAGAAAUUUGCAGAGAUGAUCAAUUCGUUUGUAGAUUUUGUUAGGACUGAUAUUAGUUGUGUUUAAGUUGUAUAGUUUUUAUUCCGAUUUUUUAUUUGUGUUUUUCUUAAUUUGUGCCCCCACAAUUAGUAUUGUGAACUGUGAUCCGAAAUAAAGAACAAGUGAAACUUA